AUGGCACAGAUGCAUCCACAGGGUAUGGAAAUGCCCGAUAUGUCUAAUGCCAUUAUGGCACAGGACGAAAUGGGAAGACCAUUCAUCAUUGUGAGAGACCAAGGUAAUAAAGAAAGACAGCACGGGUUGGAGGCCAAAAAAUCGCACAUUUUGGCUGCUCGCUCUGUGGCCUCGAUUAUCAAGACGUCUUUGGGACCAAGAGGUCUUGACAAAAUUCUAAUAUCGCCCGAUGGUGAAAUCACCAUCACCAAUGAUGGUGCCACGAUUUUGUCACAGAUGGAACUAGACAAUGAAAUUGCAAAGCUCUUGGUGCAGCUCUCCAAGUCUCAGGAUGAGGAAAUUGGCGAUGGUACGACAGGUGUAGUAGUGCUGGCUAGCGCUUUGCUUGACCAGGCGCUAGAAUUGAUCGAAAAGGGCAUUCAUCCGAUCAAAAUCGCCAAUGGAUUUGACGAAGCAGCCCGAAUGGCUGUGGCCCACCUGGAGGCUCAAGCAGACGACGUGGCGCUCGAUAAAUCCUCAUUUCACGACUAUUUGUUCAAGGCUGCUAAGACUUCACUGGGCUCCAAAAUUGUCUCAAAGGACCUCGACAGAUUCGCACAAAUGGCCGUGGACGCUGUCACCAGCGUCAUGGAUGUGGACCGCAAAGACGUGGAUUUCGAUCUCAUCAAGCUAGAAGGUCGUGUGGGUGGCUCUCUCCAGGAUUCUAAGCUGAUCAAAGGUGUUGUUCUUGACAAAGAUUUUUCACACCCUCAAAUGCCCAAGCUGGUCGAACCCAAAGAGGGCCAGGACGGCGUAAAGCUGGCCAUUUUGACCUGUCCCUUUGAGCCUCCAAAACCAAAGACUAAACACAAACUUGAUAUAUCAAGUGUUGAGGAAUACCAAAAGCUUCAGUCCUACGAGCAGGAGAAAUUCACUGAAAUGAUCAACUACGUGAAAAAUGCAGGUGCCGACGUUGCAAUUUGCCAAUGGGGAUUUGACGACGAGGCAAACCAUCUAUUACUGCAAAACGAUUUGCCAGCUGUGAGAUGGGUCGGUGGCCAAGAGCUAGAACAGAUUGCUAUUGCCACUAAGGGUCGUAUAGUGCCCCGUUUCCAAGAUCUAUCGCCCGAAAAAUUGGGUAGAUGCGGUAAAAUUCGUGAAGUCGAGUUCGGUACAACAAAGGACCGUAUGUUGGUAAUUGAAGAAUGCUCAAAUUCGAAAACAGUAACUUGUUUCAUAAGAGGGUCAAACAGAAUGAUUGUAGACGAAGCAAAGCGCGCUCUUCAUGAUUCUCUUUGUGUCGUAAGGAACCUGGUUAGAGACUCGAGAGUUGUCUACGGCGGUGGUGCUGCCGAGGUGACGAUGUCUGUGGCAGUCUCUGAAGAAGCUGAUAGACAGCACGGUAUCGACCAGUAUGCAUUCCGCGCCUUUUCUCAGGCCCUUGACACUAUACCUAUGCUAUUAGCCGAAAAUUCUGGUCUGGAUCCAAUAGAAACGCUGUCACUACUGAAAAGCUCGCAAAUCAAAGAGAAGGUCUCCACAACAGGAGUAGACUGUCUGUCUAACGACUCAAAUAACAUGAAAGAGUUGUUUGUUGUUGACCCAUUGAUUGGUAAGAAACAGCAAAUUCAACUAGCCACUCAGCUUUGCAGAAUGAUUCUCAAGAUUGAUAACGUCAUUAUAAGUGGGAAAGACGAGUACUAA